AUGACAACCCUAACACCGCCACCAUUACCACCGUAUACAGUCGAGUUCAUUGAAUCGGCCACAUCCAGAACGCUCCUCGAGAUUUUCUCUGGGUUUUCUGUCAAUCUCGACAAGAGGAUUUUCUCCUCCAAUUCCCCAUCCAACAUUGCAGAACUCGAACGCCGCCUAAAACUCCUCCUCUCAGACUCCCAGCGCCUCUCCACCGUACUUCCGCGAUCUGAGACCAAAUAUGAGUCCCUCCCCCCCUGGACGGGCAGAAGCGGUCCAGAUCACCGUAGAUCCCCACCAGGAAGCGGCCCAAUGUGUGAAGCGUUUUCAAAGAAUUUCAACGUUGGGCAGAUGGAGAAGAUAGCGGGUAGGACUGGGAGAGUUACGGCCGCUAUAAAAUAA